AUGGACGGCUCUGAAGUCCAACCCUUCUUCAUUUGUCCAAUCUUUCUAGACAUCAUGAAGGACCCUGUUACUAUCUCCACAGGAAUGACGUUUGACAGAGAGAGCAUCAAAAAAUGGUUCUUCUCUUACAACAAAACUACUUGUCCCGUAACGAAACAGCCCCUCACUGAUCAACUUCUAACAAACUCCAACCAAAACUCCUCAUUGACAAAGCUCGAAGACUACAAGCCUAGAACCAUCUCUUUAAUCCAUCCAAACCAGUUUAAAGAAGGGUUGCUGCAAUCUUCUACGCAGAAGAAAACUCUUACAAAAAUCAGAUUGUUGAUUCAAGAGAAUGAUGAUCAUACAAUAUCGAUGUUUGAUGCUGAUAUAGCUUCACUUGUAGCAUCUCUCAUGGCAGAUACAGAUUCACAAUGCAACUCACAGGGUACUAGUGAAAAAGAGCAGAAAUUGUUGAAGAAGCCAUGUCAGUGUAGGUCCAAAUUCAAAGUGGUGGAUUAUACAUACAAGGCUGAACUGAAAAUCGAUUUCUUCCAAAGCAUUGGUGAGAUAUUGAAGGAUCAGAAUUCGAUCCGUGGGAGCUUGGCAGUUUUAUCAGUUUUACUUGAAGUUUUGCCACAUGAUAACAACGGGAAGAAAGCUGUUGAGAUGGGGAUUGUUUUGGUGCUUGUAGAGUUGCUUUGUGAGUGCAAUGACAGACGGCCAUGUGAGAACAUGUUGGGUGUGCUAGACCAGUUGUGUAGGGUAGCAGAAGGCCGGGCCACUUUAUUGGCUCACCCGGCAGGACUAGCAGCUGUGUCAUCUAAGAUACUGAGAAAAUCUCAUGUUGCAAAUCAUCGGGCUGUGAAUGCGUUGUUAUGUGUUUUUAGAUUCGGUAAGAGUAGUGUGGUGUGGUCGCACAAGAGCUUGUGGAGGUGGGUGGUGUUGCCAAAAUGUGCAUGGUGA